AUGACCAGAGCAGUAAUGGGAGCAUUACAAAAAAGUGAAGAUACGAGUGACGUAGGAAACACGCUAUCGACAAGACCUCCAGCCGUUGGCUUCGCGUCGGCUUGCCCCCUUCUCUGCAUCCCGCCCGCGUUACCCUUCGUAUCAAAUUCCAUUCCUCGGCUAACCCGCAUACCACCCGACCUCCUCGCCCCGUGCCCGUACGAACCCCAGCCGUGGUAUGUUCCCAGGCUGCACGGGUACCGGUCCCAGGCCAAGUGCAACCGAAGUAAAAUUCAAAAGCUUGAAAAGCUAACGAAAAGUAAAAUCAACUUGGCCUUGGUGGCUUUGCUUUCUCUGGUUGUGUCCAUACUUACUUUGGUUUACAUUUCAGGAUGGUUGAAGGGGAAGAGGAAGGCAGCCGCCGCCCGUCGGGAGCAAGAGCUGCAGGCGCAGCUGGCAGCUGCAACGCGUCGCGGCAAGGAUCGCGCAGUAGAUGGCCUUACUGCGCAGCUGGAAGCUGCAACGCGUCGCGGCAAGGAUCUGGAAGCGCAGUCAGAUGGCCUUACUGCGCAGCUGGAAGCUGCAACGCGUCGCGGCAAGGAUCUGGAAGCGCAGUCAGAUGGCCUUACUGCGCAGCUGGAAGCUGCAACGCGUCGCGGCAAGGAUCUGGAAGCGCAGUCAGAUGGCCUUACUGCGCAGCUGGAAGCUGCAACGCGUCGCGGCAAGGAUCUGGAAGCGCAGUCAGAUGGCCUUACUGCGCAGCUGGAAGCUGCAACGCGUCGCGGCAAGGAUCUGGAAGCGCAGUCAGAUGGCCUUACUGCGCAGCUGGAAGCUGCAACGCGUCGCGGCAAGGAUCUGGAAGCGCAGUCAGAUGGCCUUACUGCGCAGCUGGAAGCUGCAACGCGUCGCGGCAAGGAUCUGGAAGCGCAGUCAGAUGGCCUUACUGCGCAGCUGGAAGCUGCAACGCGUCGCGGCAAGGAUCUGGAAGCGCAGUCAGAUGGCCUUACUGCGCAGCUGGAAGCUGCAACGCGUCGCGGCAAGGAUCUGGAAGCGCAGUCAGAUGGCCUUACUGCGCAGCUGGAAGCUGCAACGCGUCGCGGCAAGGAUCUGGAAGCGCAGUCAGAUGGCCUUACUGCGCAGCUGGAAGCUGCAACGCGUCGCGGCAAGGAUCUGGAAGCGCAGUCAGAUGGCCUUACUGCGCAGCUGGAAGCUGCAACGCGUCGCGGCAAGGAUCUGGAAGCGCAGUCAGAUGGCCUUACUGCGCAGCUGGAAGCUGCAACGCGUCGCGGCAAGGAUCUGGAAGCGCAGUCAGAUGGCCUUACUGCGCAGCUGGAAGCUGCAACGCGUCGCGGCAAGGAUCUGGAAGCGCAGUCAGAUGGCCUUACUGCGCAGCUGGAAGCUGCAACGCGUCGCGGCAAGGAUCUGGAAGCGCAGUCAGAUGGCCUUACUGCGCAGCUGGAAGCUGCAACGCGUCGCGUCGACGAGCUGGAGGCCGAGUCGUCGUCCUCCACUACACCCACUGACAUCUCUGCUGAGGAAAAAUAG